AUGGUCCUUAGGGAGGGAGAGUUGGUGACGGACGAUGAGGAGGAAGAUGAGGUAAUAGAGAAAGAAAAUGAGGAUUGUGAUAGUGAGGAGUAUAGUGAAGAGGACCUUACACAUAUGUCCUUAGUCACUAGGAGAGCUUUAAGCACCCAAGUUAAGGAGGAUAGCUUAGACCAAAGAGAGAAUUUAUUUCACACUAGGUGCCUUGUUCAAUCUGUACCUUGUAGUAUGGUGAUCGACAGCGGUAGUUGCACCAAUGUUGUGAGUUCAAUUCUGGUCAAGAGACUUAAUUUAGAGACUAAACCACAUCCUAGACCGCAUAAGCUUCAAUGGUUGAGUGAUUGUGGGGAGGUAAGGGUGAAUAAGCAAGUUCUUGUUUCUUUUACCAUUGGAAAGUAUGCUGAUGAUGUUUUGUGUGAUGUUGUCUCAAUGCAUGCCGGAGAUAUUUUGUUAGGGAGACCGUGGCAAUUUGAUCGUCGGGAAUUUGAGGAAUUAUUUCCCAAGGAGAUGCCAAGUGGAUUGCCACCACUUAGGGGGAUCGAGCACAAGAUUGACUUCAUUCCGGGAGCAACCAUUCCAAACCGUCCAGCUUAUAGGACUAAUCCUAGCGAGGUCGAAGAGAUACAAAGGCAAGUGAAUGACCUCCUUGCCAAAGGGUAUGUACGCGAGAGUUUGAGUCCAUGUUCUGUUCCGGUUAUUCUUGUACCUAAGAAAGAUGGGUCAUGGCGUAUGUGUGUUGAUUGUAGGGCUAUAAAYAAGAUAACUAUUAAGUAUAGGCAUCCAAUUCCUAGAUUAGAUGAUAUGCUUGAUGAGUKGCAUGGAUGUAGUCUCUUUACUAAGAUUGAUUUGAAAUCGGGUUAUCAUCAAAUUCGCAUGCAUAUUGGGGAUGAAUGGAAAACUGCUUUCAAAACUAAGUAUGGUCUUUAUGAAUGGUUAGUUAUGCCUUUUGGAUUGACUAAUGCACCUAGUACAUUCAUGAGGUUAAUGAAUCAUGUCUUGCGUGAAUACUUAGGGAAGUUUGUGGUUGUAUAUUUUGAUGAUAUUCUUGUUUACUCUAAGUCAUUAAAUGAGCAUGUUGAGCAUGUACGUUCUGUUUUGAAUACUUUAAAAAAGGAGUGUUUGUAUGCAAACUUAAAGAAAUGUAGCUUUUGUAUGGAAAAAGUUAACUUUCUUGGUUUUGUAGUUUCAUCUAAAGGUGUUGAGGUUGAUGAGGAAAAGGUAAAGGCUAUAAGGGAUUGGCCUACACCUAAAAGUGUAAGUGAGGCUAAACUACUUGAAUUUGAGCAUAUUAAAACCUUGUACCAUGAUGAUCCUUCUUUUGGUUCUAUUUUUGAUUCUCUUCAAAAUGGUAUCGUUUUGGAUGGGUACAACUUGUUUGAUGGAUUUCUUUUUAGGAAAGGUAAGUUGUGCAUUCCAAAUUGCUCUAUUCGUGAAUUGCUUGUUAAAGAAGCUCAUGGAGGAGGAUUAAUGGGGCAUUUUGGAGUAGCAAAAACAUGUGACAUGCUUCCUGAACAUUUUUAUUGGCCUAGGAUGAGACAUGACGUUCAUAAAGUUUGUGAGCAUUACAUUUCAUGUAGGCAAGCUAAAUCUAGACUUAAACCGCAUGGCUGA